GACUUGCGAGUUCGUUCACGAAAGGAAAAUGUUAUCAGCUCGAUUGUAGAUUAUUUUUUCCAUUAUUGCACAGGUCUAAUGAAUCUUGCAAUGUUAUCAGAUUUGCCAAUGGGGAGUGUUUAGUGAACUAGUAUUAAUGGCCAAAUUACCGAAUGGCUGGGUUCAGCUGGUAUCUCUCUGAAGGCUUCCAAGUGAUUAUUGAGAAGUCAAAAGAGGCAAAAUGCUCUCUGAAAGACAUACAGUUACGUUUCUUGUGCCCUGAUGACCUAGAAGAGGUAAGAUCUCUAUGUCGAGAUUGGUUCCCGAUAGAGUACCCACAAUCAUGGUACGAAGACAUCACAUCAUCAAACAGAUUUUUUGCACUUGCCGCUGUGUACAAGUGUCAAAUCAUAGGGCUCAUAGUUGCCGAAAUAAAACCUUACCUUAAACUAAAUGCAGAAGACAGAGGGAUACUGUCAAGAUGGUUUGCAUCGAAGGAUACCUUAGUGGCUUACAUAUUAUCUUUAGGCGUGGUGCGGUCAUACCGGCGGUCCGGCGUGGCGACGAUGCUCCUGGACGUGCUGCUGUCGCACCUGGCGGGCCCGGUGCCGCACCCGCCGCACCACCACCGCGUCAAGGCCAUCUUCCUGCACGUGCUCACCACCAACUCCGAAGCCAUACUCUUCUAUGAGCAGAGAAGAUUCCGGCUCCACUCUUUCUUACCGUACUACUACUCGAUAAAGGGGCGGUGCAAAGACGGGUUCACGUACGUAUACUAUGUGAACGGCGGUCACGCUCCGUGGGGGCUGUAUGACUACGUGAAGUACGUGGCGCGCGCCGCGUGGCGGGGCGGCGGCCUGUACCCCUGGCUGUGGGGCAAGCUGCGGACCGCGCUCACUAUAGCGUGGCACAGUUCCAAAUCAAUGUCCAGUGCCGUAAUCAGGUCGAGCCUAAGGCUAGUGUCGUGGCGUCCGACCGGGACGGCUUUGGGUAAUAUUAUUAUCAAAAGAAAUUCCCACAUAUGUUAGCAGCGCAGUGAACAAACGCGAGAGAAUAAUAUUUAAGAAUAUUUCUAACUUUACGGAUAUGCACUUACGAGUUUAACGUUUUGAAGACCCGACUCGUUGGCGAGGUCGCGCGACACAAGGUCUGGUCACCACACAGAGCUUUGACGAUUAUUUUUGUACUGACACAUUAUUUAACGUAUAACUGACAUUAACCCCCAAAACCCCUCGUAUACCUACAGCUCGUGAGCUGCGAACUUGACAACAAAACUGACAAAGUUAUUUGUGAUAAUUUUUAGUACUCAAAGCUUUAAAUUAAAAUAAUGUACAUUUCAUGUUUCAUGGGGAAUCAUUGAGACGAUUCGCAAUAAGUGAUGUUAAACGAUGAUUGGCGAGAUAGCAGAGUGUGGUCGAGAGAGGCGAGUGUACUCUGUCGUGCAUUAUGUGGUAAGGUUUACACUGAGCACUACUGCGACAGAAAAAACAACAAAAUUUAUUUCGCCUUAUCUUUGUUUCAAGACUUCGUGAAGUUCCAAGAAAACAGUUGAAGUCCUGUCUGUAGCGCGCGCUGUACCGGUGUACUGCUCGUGUGUCGCGGUCUCCGGCGCACGCUCUGCUACGUAGCCAAUCCCGAAUAUCCCAAGUGUAAAUAAUAUGUAAUUAAGAAACAAGCAGACGGCAUUGAACACUACAUACAUACGUAGUUAGAUAUUGUGCCAUGAUUACUGCCAAGAUAUAAAGUAAGGUGCCUGUGUGUUCAGAUACAAGUAGAUUGUGAAUAAAUUAUAUUUUAUUCAAUUUUAUCAAAAGUCUUAUGAAAGUCGUAUAAUAUGUAGUUUGAACAAAUUGUUUCCAUUGUAUGUACAGUACGCUUAGAUUGCGUUUUCAUUCAGUUCAUUGGCAGUCCGUCAUGUCACCCAGUAAUUGUUUGUGCACUAAUCCUGUAGCUAUACGUAAUUGUUACUCAUUGUAAACCAAAGUAUUUUAUAUUUCUUCAUUGUGUUAUACGUCCUAUCGAUAUGUUAUCAUUUUGUAAAGUAUUAAAUUAUUUGUUUAGUGUUGAUAGAUGGUAAGUAUUAUUUUUGGACCAGGUUAAAAAUUUACUUAUACUUUGAAGAGCACCAUGUCAUUUAUGAAAUUAUUUUAUUUGUGAUAUUUUUCAUGAUAUUGAAGAAAAAAUUCUGUAUUCCAUUUGUAUUUGUGUAAGUAUUGGACUAUUUUUGUUUGUAUGAUUGCAUUUGUAAAAUAUCGAGGCUCUCGUAUUGACUACUGAUUUCACCUUUACUGACUUGUGCGUUCCUAAUGUUGAAUGUAAAUUUUAUGUUAUAUUUCUACACUUUUAGUAUAAAUAAUGGAGAAGAAUUUAGCUUCCAAAUAAAUAUCAUUGUUGACAACUAA